UCUGUUGCGGUCCGCCUAGAAGUGAACAUCAUGCAUUAGAGCAUCUUCGUUCGUUCAAUAGAAACGUGCAAUUGCGAGCAAUUCUAAUCUGUAAACGGAGCCGGGAUUGAGUGCAGUGCAGCGAUUCGGUGUUUCAAAUAGAUUUAUGAAAAAAUUGUGUGAUUACAUAGAGUAGAACGAAAUUCUACCUUCAACAUGUUGAAGAAAAAUCUCAGAAUGCCAGGCAGCGACGAUGGCGUUGUUUCGAAUGAGCCCAAACGACGGGUCAGUAUUAUCACAGAUCCUGUUAUGGAGAGCAGAAUGGGGGGCCAUGAUAAUUUCGGGUUCGAACCCAACGCCAAACGAAAGAUUUCACAGCAAUCGCACCAUUCGGAAGAAGGACCAGUGAGACGAAAAAGUAAUUUACACAACGCCAAUCUAGAUAGCUCAUCAGUUAAUAGUUAUGAUCAGCGAACAAACGGAGACGUCAACAGAAGUAAGAAGCAUUCGUUUUCUGAAGCAUUAGCAAAAAUCAACCAAGAACACGAAGAAAGUCAACAGCACGCACACUUGGAGCAAUCGUGGAUAUAUUCGUUAUGUAUGCGAUGUAGAGUCGAAUACAGCACGCCAUCUUGGGAACCACCUGGUUGGCAAAAAGUAUGCCCCUAUCCGCUGUGUCCGUCGUUCCGGCAGUUUGCAAGAAUAUUGUCCAUCGUGUUAAUAGGUGUGCUAUUAUGGGUAACAGCAUAUGUCAUAAUUGGAGAUUCCGCCGCCCCAGGUGGUCAACUAUUCCAGCUGGUAGUGCUCACAGUUGCAGCAAACUUUGGAGGGUUCCUGAUAUCACUCACAACAUUACCAAGGCUGAUAGGAAUGCUUCUAGUUGGCUUACUGUUUCAGAACGUAGGAUGGGUCAACUUAGAUGGCGAUUUCACGAAAGUAACCGCCGAACUUCGGAAGAUUGCACUGGUAAUCAUUUUGACCCGUGCUGGAUUGGAGAUGGACCCUCACGCAUUCAAAAAAGUGUACGUCACCAUCCUAAAAUUAGGACUUAUACCUUGGACAUGCGAGUUUGUACUCAUUGGUGUCCUAACGCACUUUCUUCUUGAUCUCCCGUGGAUGUGGAGCAUGAUGCUGGGCUCAAUUAUAGCUGCUGUUUCACCAGCUGUGGUCGUCCCAUGUUUAUUCAGACUGAGAACAAAAGGCUACGGGGUUGCGAAAGGAAUCCCCACUCUGAUAAUCGCCGUAGCUGGCAUCGACGAUGCUGCAUCUGUUGCUGUAUUUGGUAUUAUUUCCAGUAUAAUGUUCACAAAACAAGGACUCGCUUUUCAAAUAGCUCAAGCUCCAGUCUGCGUGUUUGGUGGGCUUGGAUUUGGAGUCUUUUGGGGUGCGUUGUGUAAGUAUAUCCCGGAAAAAGGAGAUGCCUAUGUAGUUCCUAUACGUACCUUGAUGCUGUUUGGAGGAGGACUGCUGGCUGUGUUUGGAAGCGAAAAAGUACACUUCGAAGGUGCUGGACCACUAGCUGUUGUAUUUGCUGCUUUUACGUCAUCCUAUUUCUGGUGCGGAGAUGGAUGGGACCUGGAGGAUAAUCCAGUUUCAACAGCGUUUGAGAUAUUUUGGAUGAUUUUUGAGCCAAUUCUUUUCGGAAUAACUGGUGCUUCAAUCAAGAUUCGUGAACUGGACCCUCACAUUGUGUCGAUUGGCGUUGGAUGCAUUUAUGUGUGCAUAAUUGUGCGCAUUGCAGUCACUGUUGCUAUUGCGUUUGGAGAUAAAUUGAACGUUAAGGAGAAGGUUUUUGUGGCUAUUUCAUGGAUGUCGAAAGCCACCGUUCAAGCUGCAUUAGGACCAGUCGCUCUAAAAGCAGUCACAUCUCAACAGCGUUCCGCAGAGGAAGUUCAUUACGCUGAGCUCGUGAAGAACUUUUGCAUUCUUAGCAUCAUCUUGUCUGCACCUUUGGGUGCAUUGCUGAUAUCAGUUAGUGGAUCGAAGCUGUUGACCAAAACGAAACCAAUUCUAGAACCCCCUGAAGGUUGGAGAAGAAGUCACCGCCCUUCGCUACACGACAUAAGUAUUAUCGACGAAGAAGAAGAACGAGAAGAUAUUGAAGGUAUCGCUGACGAAGAUACGGCUGCCAACACACAAGCCAAUGCACAAACAACCUCUGUGUUUACAGUAACGAAGUUUUGAAUGUCCUUGUUAAGAAGAAAACACGCACAUACACACAAAGUUGCACAGGUGCACUCAAAAACCCAAAAUACAUACACUGUAUACAUUGGUGUGAUCAGGCUGUUGUAGUACAAAUAGGAAAAAAAGCAAAAAAUAAUAGUCUGUAAUAAAUUAAAUCCUCUUUUAUGAAUGAUGUAACGAUUGCAAUAAAUUGAUACAUUUUGCGAA